GGCCUCCGUCUGACCAUGAAAACAGAACUGGCAUUGUACGUGUGAACCAGAGUCCGUUUCACUUGAUCAGUCGCGGAUCCACCAAUCAGCUCAUUGACAACUUGUCCGGUAACUGAAGAGAUGCAUAAAAGGGAGCCCUAGGUGGAUCCCUUUUGAAGGGUCCUUGUUACCAUCACAGCCAAGAUGUGCAGUGUGGAGCCCCCCAGCAAUGCUGAUCUUCGCUCGCAGCUGAGGGCGUCGCGCACUGAAAUUGCCAUGGCGAUCGAUGACCCCUUCCCGCUGCUCUACGGACUGGCUGACCACGACAUCAUCACCGAGCAGCAGUUCAAGGAGACCAUGGAAAGGAAGAGGCAGGAGGGCAUCCACAAAGCCGUCUACUCCCUGCUCACCUGGCUGCUGGACCGGGAAGCUCGUAUCAUCCAGGCCUUCUGGAGAAACCUAUCCAAGGAGUAUAACCAAGAGCGGUACCCCAAACUGCAGGUCCUGCUCGCCAACCUACGUCCAGAUGGAGGUAGAACCACUUCAAAGCACAGCAAAAAGCUUCCCAGCGGCAGCCGGCCUCCAUCUCAGCCGCACCGGCCGCAGGGCAGGAAGAGGAGCCCCGACGAAGGGAGGAGAACGCAGCACUCACAGCAUCACAGCAAACAUCAGCGGCCAAGCAGCCCAGGGGUCAAAAUGAAGUCCGUCAGGAAGAUGGAUGGUGCUGAGAUACAGCGGGUGCCCAUGGGGAAUGGUAUCCAAGCAGUGGCCACGUCGGUCCAGAGAGCCGUCACCUUGUCAUCCAGCGAGCUGCCGGUCAGCUGUGGGGCUGUGGAGGAAAUCCUCAUCAAGCAGGUCUUUGAGUCCGGGAGCUCCAAAAAGUGUAUCAAGGUGGGCGGCGAGUACUACUCCCCUAGCAAGCUGGAAGAUCUGGCUGGAAGGGGCAAGCCGAAGGCGCCGAAGACCCACGUUCGGCACAAGGUGGCAUCGAGCAGCAGAGCUCCAGAGGUGCAGAAGAAUGAUGACGAAUGCGCGGCUUGCAAGGACGGCGGCGAGCUCAUUUGCUGCGAUGGCUGCCCCAGGGCCUACCAUCUGACCUGCCUCGUGCCUCCACUCACCUCCAUCCCCAGCGGGACCUGGCGCUGUCAGUCGUGCUGCGGCAGCCAGGCUGUGAUCAAUAAGAUCCACACACCUGCCCAGGCUGUAGCGCUAACGGACUCCACCUCCAGCUCCGCUGUGGACAUCUCUUUCUUCUCCGCCCUGUCCUCGACCGCUCUGUCCAGCGUCACCGCUACCAAGAGCAGCCAAGCUUCGGAGGCCCAGGCAACACGGAGGUGGGCUGGCGAAGCUGGUGUGGGUGAUAAGUGUGCCGUGUGUCAGCUGGGCGGAGAGCUGAGCUUCUGCCUCCAGUGUCUCCAAGGCUUCCAUUCCCACUGCGAAUACCUCGGUGGAAAAUCCCGGUGCCGCUCCUGUUGUGACUCAUGGCCCAGCGCACUGGAAACCAAACACACGGAAACAUCUCAUGGGAUGCAGGUGGCUCUCUAUGAAAACAUGGAUGAGGAGAGUGGCUCACUCACCGAGCAGGUCUUGAACAAGGAGGAACUGGAUUCCAUCGUGGGAGAGAGCUCCAUAGAUGGUAUCCUGCAGUGGGCCUUCCACAACAUCUCGCGUCCUUUGUCAGAGAACCAGGGCUUCUUCCAGUGACGAAGGUCUCAUCCCAGGUGGAGUUUGGCUGCGUUGAUUUGAGGACAAGACACUCAGUGUCCCUAAACCUGACAUUUUUACCUAAAGAUACUAAUAUGGCCUGUGUAUCAAAUGGGAUAUUUUAAAUCUGAAAUCAAGAUGUGUGUCCUUCACCAAUAAAUCUGCA